GAAUUAUUUGAAUAUUUCAGAAUAAUUUUUCAAAUUCGAGACAGUUUCCGUCUUGGAACCCAGAGUCACAAGUGUUGAUAUUUCUUCAUGACAACCCAAGACACAGCUUCCUCGACAGCAGCAUUGAAAGCUUUCAGGACGUCUCGUAUUCGUUGUUGGAAACUAUGGGAAGGUUGCAAUCGAAAAGUGAACUCGUUGGAGACUUUUUCCACGAACCUUCUCGAGAUAGAAGAAGAAACUCUCGAGUUCCUCAGUGAUUUGGUUACAUUGACACACUUGCUUCAAAAUCUGCAAAGAAAAAAUGAAGAUUUGAAUAGGAAAGUUUCCGAUUCCUUAGAAGAGUUGGCGUACUUAAGAAUUCAGAGGGACCAAUUAGAAGCCAGAAUAAAUGAGUUGGUUCUCCUGAGCAACAGUUUGUUUCCAGAGUCAUUGAAAAUUCAGCCGCCGUGGAGGAUGCUUUGUUCUUCCCAAGUAGAGGAAGUCUAUGGACCCCGAAUAGCCGGCUUGGUUAAUAGAACUCUGCAGACCGAAAAGCAGGCCUGGGAGUUGGAAACUGUGAUGAAGCGUUUUAAAAGUUACUGUUUGGGCAAACAAUUGCAAAUGUCUGAGGUUUGUUGGUUUAUUUUGUUUCAGAAACGUCAAUGCAAGUUGCACAUCCUGGCAAACACUUUGCGCUUUGUUAGCGAAACUCCAGUUUCAGAAAUGGCUCACCGCCUUGAAAAUAUACAUUUUAGACUUCGGUUCAAGAAGCAAAGUAUAGCAUCUUGCCAAACUGGUCCUGUGAAAACGAACGAGUACGCUAUGCACGCUGUUUUGACGUUUUCUGUGAAACGGAAUAUAAGAACUUGGAAUGUAUUUAUUGAAGAGGACCUUUUUAGUGAACUUUGGCUGGAACGCCUACGUUGUGCAUAUGGAAGUCUUACAGGUUCGAACGACCACCCAUUGGUUCGGAUAGAGAUUGAACCAAAGUUACCUCAGCAAAAUAUCAGAAACUUGCACAAUCUUUUGUUUAAAAUACCAGAGAAAGAGAUUCAUGAACGAAAUUUGCUGAUUCUUUCAGAAUUAUCCACUGUUUUCGAAGUGUCAGAGACAACGUCGGAUUCCACAUCGGAUACUUUGUUGUGAUAUUGAGGAGAUGUUGAGCCUGAAUUGAAUACAUCACCUUAAGUUUAUACAACUCAUGACCCACAAUUGCGUCAACACACCAGUUGUCUUACAAAGGUUCUAGUUAUGGAACAAAAUCGAGACGUUCGAUCUCAUUAAAGAGGCUAUCUAUAAUGGCACUGUACUCCAGUUACUGGUGAAAUAUUAUAGAGAAAUCGUACCUCUCGCGACGAGACGCAAGUUUUGUAUCUUAGGGGACUGCCCGAGAAUAUCUUACAAUUGCGUCAUUAUUGACGUGAUCUUUGUGGCACGAGCACUAACAGUUUCCUAGUUCUAGGCAUUUGGCAAUGCUUUAUCCAGUUUGUUUCUAGCUCGGAAAAUUAGACUCAAAGUUUCUUCUUGUAGAAAAUGUUAGCUUAUGAUAUGAUCCAAUAUUUGAAGACUCUGCUGCAUCAGCACAGAAAGACUUUAUGUUGUUAGAUGCUAGUUAGCUAUGACUGAAGCAAAAGGAUUUGGAAAUACAAAGUUCUUUUAUAAAUUUUACCAACAUUACUAUUCUAUCGCAGAUUGAAAGAAUUGCAUCGUAAACCCAUUCUUUUUUUCUCAAGCAUGAUAGCCAUUUCGAACUGAUUUGUCU